AUGGCCGAGAAACAGCCACCCCUGCCGACCACAGCUGGCAUGUCCUGUCAAUACUUCUAUAGUAAAAGAACCCCAGAGGUAAAAAAAAUAUGAUGAUAUACUGUAACAUCUUAGGAAGGUUAUUAUCCGUUUGGAAUUUAAAUUUUUAUGUCCAAUAUGUAGAAAAUUACGAUUAACCAUGUGUCCAACUGAGUGGACAUCAUGCAUCACCCAGUAUUUUUUUUAACAGGAGUCAUGUAAUUGCUCCACUGUUACUUGUGACUGUUUUGGUUAUAAAUCAGUGUAUAACUGUUACAUAUAUAAGCUAUUCAUUUAAAAUAUACUUUUUCUUUCAUCUUAGCUAUAGUUUGUGUUACUAUAAUAAUUAUUUUAUCAUAUUUUGUAGACGUCAAACACAGCAAAGAAUAAGGCAGCCUACAGAAUAGUCCAGGAAAUUCCAUCCAGCUCUAGUGAUGAUGAGUCCAGUGAUGACUAUAGUGACGAAGAGUGGCUGCCAGAGAAGAACAGAGAUGUAGGAGCUGAGGAUGAUGGCGAUACAGACAGUCAGGAUGCAGAAAGUGUAGAUGCCUAUAGUCAAGAGGAUGAGGACCAGGAUAAUGAGAGGCAGGAUGCAGGGGAAGGUCAGCAUGAUCAGGAAGCUGUGGAAAAUGGCCACAUGACACCUGACCAUUCUCAAGCUCGCAAAAAUAUCUGGAAAGUCCAAGACAACGACUUUGAUGGAGAUUUGCCUCCUUUUCUAGGAGAGUGGAGAUUGAAUGUGGAGGGGAGAGAGCCCAUAGAUUUCUUCAGACAUCUGUUUCCAGCAGAUCUCAUUGAUGAUAUAGUGAUCAACACCAACCUGUAUGCUCUCCAGAAAGGGAAAGAAAAUCUCGCAGUGACAGGAGAAGAAAUGCAGACUUUUUUAGGGAUCAACAUGAUCAUGGGGUACAUUCGUUACCCUAGGGCACGAAUGUACUGGUCUAGUGAGGAGGGCCUUCGUCUAGGGAUGAUUGCAAAUGCCAUGUCUGUAAACAGAUAUGAGCAAAUCCUGAGAUACCUGCACUUUGUGAAUAACUUGACUUAUCACCCAGGAAACAAGGAUAGGCUCUUCAAAAUAAGACCACUGCUUAGUGUGCUUGAGGAAACAUUCAAGGCAGCAGCAGACCCUGAGGAAUUUCAGUCAGUUGAUGAGCAGAUGAUUCCUUUUAAAGGCCUACUGUCCAUCAAACAAUACAUACCAAAAAAGCCAAAACCCUGGGGAGUGAAAGUGUGGGUGAGGGCAGGAAGCUCAGGCUAUAUGAACCGAUUUGAAGUCUACCAAGGCUCCGCAAGCAGUGGUCGGAUCAGUAAGUUGGGAAUGGCUGGAGAUGUGGUGAUGCGUCUUUGUGACGACAUAAAACACAAAAAUCACAAGGUGUUUUUCGAUAACUUCUUCUGCAGUAUUCCACUCAUCGAGGCCUUGAAAGACCAAGGCAUCUAUGGUACAGGUACAUGCAGAGCCAAUAGGCUAAAGGGAGCAAAUCAGAAACUAAAAAGUGAAAAACAACUAAAAGAAAUUGGCAGAGGAGCUUGUUCUGUUGUCAGCAGUAAUGAAAACAUCACUGUCACACGUUGGCUUGACAGUUCAGUCAUCCACAUGGUCUCGUCCUGUGCUGGCCAGUCCCCAGAAGAUGUUGCACACCGAUGGGUCAAGAAGGAACAAAUGAUGGUCAGGGUCCAAAAACCCUUCUCUGUGGCCCUUUACAAUCAACACAUGGGUGGGGUUGAUCUCGUUGACCAGUGCCUGGCAAUGUACCCCCACAGACGUCGAAACAAGAGGUGGUACAUCCGAGUGUUUUUUCAUUUUUUGGAUGUGGCCAUUGUAAAUGCCUGGCGUCUCUACCUGAUGUCUGGAUUGGACAAGAUGAGUCUCCUCCUUUUCAAAGCUUCUGUGGCUCGUGCACUGAUAAAUAGUGGCACCCUCCAGCUCAGCAGAGGAAGAGGAAGACCCAGUGCGACCCCACCACCCGUGAAGCGGAGAGCAGUCACCAAAGUAGCCCGUGAGGUCAGGUUUGGCACAGGAAACCACUGGCCCCAGCUCACCGAAGUGAAAAAUGCAAACAGAUGCCAUGAUGCUGCAUGCAGGCGGAAGACCAAAUACAUCUGCAUGCAUUGCUCUGUGCCACUGUGCCCUGGAUGCUUUGCGAACUUUCAUACAUCCUAG